GAACGGAGAGGAGCGAUGCUGACGCAGUUCGCUCGACUCUCGCGCUAUCAGCAUCACGCUUCUGCUGCUGCUUGCCCUUCCCCAUCGCGGACCUCGCACGCUAUAAUGCAGAAGCACGGGAUUGGUAGAAUGACAGCUGCAGUGGAAUGGCGACCUAAACGGUCGCUGCCAGAAGACCGGACGCUGCAGCAGAGCUCCUGCUCGUGCUGCAGCGAUCCCACCACGGCGUGACUCGCAGGCUCCGUGGCUCCCGUCGUCCUGCCGGCAGCACCGCCCUCUUGCCUCCCAGGCCCUCAGAGCUCCACCGACCCCGGCGGAGGCCCUCUCUCCUCCAGCCAGGAUGUGAAGGAGAAGCGGUGGAGGGACCGAUCCGCUGCAUCGCUCACCCGGUCGACGAUGUGCCACGAGCCCAUCGUGACGGAACGAACAUGCCCACUUGGUUGUAGCGGGUGGGCGCCCGGAACGCCGUUGGGAAGUAGCCCCCAGUCCCCUGUGGGUUCUGCACCCCCACGCCGCACCAAACGAAACUGCCUCCCCAGUCAGGGUUCCAGCCGGGCGACGGCGUCCAGUAGUUGAAGCAGAACUUUCGAUUCAGGUUUCCCCUCUCAGUGCCCACGUCGGUGUGAAAGUUGAUGUAGUCUCCGGCGCGAUAUUCUCGAAAAUAUGGGCUGCUCAUGGAAAGGCCGUCAGUGCCCUUGUCGGUGCCAGUGAGGAGUAUGGUCCAUCCCUUGAUCCACUUGCGCUGCCGGAAGAGCUUUUGGACCGCCAUGCGGCCUGGCAGCUCGUCCAGUGGAAGCUUGUCAUCCUCGACGUCCUUCGGCUUCUCAAUGACAUUGUAGCGGAAGAAUGACUCGCUGCCAAGCGCCCGUUCCACAAACACACACCGCUCGUUUGGAUUGAAAUGUUUGUUGUACUCCUUCAUGCCUAGUGGACCUAAUGGCGUGCUCUCAAAAGGAUCGCCAAAGUCCCUGCCCCACGCGAGAUGCUUCACCGACUCGUUGUGAAGCAGCUCUGCAAAUUCUGGCACGAAGAAAUUGUCGAUGAUGCCUACGUGACGGCCUGCCAACCUCUUAUUGAGAUCCAGAAGAAAACUCUUGUCGAACCUCCAGUCUCCGAGCAAGUUCAAGUCUUUAUGGGUGAGGUACCUCGACGAUGGCAGCUAUGGUGCAGGACAAUGACGGUAAUGACGAUCAAGGUCACGGAGGUGAUAAAGGUGAUAAAAAACAUGGUGCUGGAUGAUGGAUACUGGUGGUGCUGAUCAAAAUGGUGAUCACGAAAAAAGUGAUAUUGGUUGUGCUGGCGGUAAGAAUACGAUAUUGAGGACGAUGAUGCUGUGAUGGUCGUGGUGGUGAUUGUGGUGUGAUGGCCAUGGUCGGGGGCUCAUGCACGAGCGCGGCGAGCCGGACGAAAGAUGUCGACGCGAUUACAGUGGAAAUGAUGGUGGCGGUGAUGCUGACGCUGAUGCUGCUGACGACGUGAUGGUUGACCUCCAGGCCGCAUGCAGACCCUUCUCCGACAGCUGCUUGGGCGGCCGCAUCUCCCCGAGGGCGGGCGGGCAGAGCAGGAGGAGGGGCAGGCCGCCGAGGGCAGGCCGCAAGAGGGCGGGGCGCCCCCUCGACCGAGGGCACGCCGACGCGACCAUUGCCGCCGGUGCGGACGUGGGGACUGCGCUUGAGUCAAAACGGCUACGGAGGCGGAGGACGAGGACGAGGACGAAGACUGCCAUGGCCCCCGCAGACGCGGAGAGGAGCGGAGGCCGCCGAGGGUGCCCUUCUUGUCCAGGAGGCAGCAUCGACCGAAAGCUGAAGCCGCCGCAGGAGCGGGUCUCGCAAGUGUGGGUAUCAUUGCACCGGCCUUGCAGCCGUGCUGCAGCGGAAAUCUGCGUGGAUUUGUGCCCGAAGCGGCGAGCGGAAAACGAAG